AUGGGCGUGGCCAAGUGGAGGGGUGGGGCCUGCGGCGCAGACCAGGGAGCGGCGGAAGAUGGCUGCAGUUGUGGCGACGGAUACACAGCUGAUGCUCGGAGUCGGCCUGAUCGUGACCAUCUUUCCACCAUAGAAAAGGACACUAAUGGAGAAGUUCUGUGGGUGUGGUGUUAUCCUUCCACGACAGCCUCAUUAAGGAAUCUGCUGCUCCGAAAAUGCUGCCUAACAGAUGAAAACAAACUUCUCCACCCCUUUGUCUUUGGUCAGUACAGAAGAACAUGGUUUUAUAUCACUACAGUUGAAGUUCCAGAUUCUUCAGUUUUGAAAAAGGUGACUCAUUUUUCUAUUGUUCUGACCGCCAAAGAUUUUAACCCAGAGAAAUAUGCCGCCUUCACUAGGAUAUUGUGUAGAAUAUAUCUGAAAUAUGGGAGCCCAGUUAAAAUGAUGGAGAGUUACAUUGCAGUUCUCACCAAGGGGAUCUGCCAGAGUGAAGAAAAUGGCUCUUUCUUUAGCAGAGACUUUGAUAGUCGAAAGGCAUACCUUGCAGGGUCCAUCAAAGACAUUGUAUCUCAAUUUGGAAUGGAAACUGUUAUCUUACACACAGCAUUGAUGUUAAAAAAACGAAUUGUUGUCUAUCACCCCAAAAUAGAAGCUGUCCAGGAGUUUACCAGGACUCUGCCUGCCCUGGUGUGGCAUCGACAGGAUUGGACCAUCCUGCAUUCUUAUAUGCACCUCCAUGCUGAAGAACUAGAAGGCCUGCAAAUGUGCACAGGUUACAUCGCUGGCUUUGUGGAAUUGGAGGUGAGCAGCAGACCAGACCUCUACGAUGUGUUUGUGAAUCUGGCAGAUAGUGAGAUCACCAUCGCUCCACUCGCAAAAGAGGCCAUGACGAUGGGCAAAUUGCAUAAAGAAAUUGGUCAGCUAAUUGUGCAGUCUGCAGAAGACCCAGAGAAGUCAGACAGCCAGGUUAUACAGGACAUUGCCCUAAAAACAAAAGAAAUCUUCACCAAUCUAGCACCAUUUUCAGAAGUGUCAGAUGAUGGGGGAAAGAUUGUCCUCAGUGUUGAGGCACUGAAGCAAAAGCGAUUCCCACCUGCAACAGAGAACUUCCUUUACCAUCUAGCAGCAGCUGAACAAAUGCUGAAGAUAUGACUGUCCACAGCAAGCCCCACAGAACUUCCCUUUCAUUCCGAGUACCCGGUGGCAUUAUAUAGUAUUGGAAUUACAGAGGAAAUGUUCUAUUUUUAAUGGUUUAUUUCCAAGUAUUGAGAUCUGACCUGAGAAACAUAAAAACAAUCGCCAAUUUGA